AUGGAGUCUUCACUGUCAGAGAGUCGAAGCAGAAAGCCGUGGAAGUGUUUGAGCAGAGAAUCGUUGACAUGUCUAAUGCUUUCAGGCAUUGUUAUCGGACUCCCGAUCGCUAUAAUCAUAAUACUAAUGAAUUUACCAAAACUCUCGACAAGAGGUGAUACACGACAACAGCAUUACAUUCUUCUAGCGUUUGGUUUCCCAUUUUCAUUGGUGUUCAUUGUGUCCGUACUUUACGGCUCAUUCAGGGCUAUUAUGUACUGUUAUAAAGGAAGUGAUCAGUCAAGACAUCUUCAGUCUCGCAUGUCUUGGCGUCACUUUUCGCGAAGACUCCGAUCGCGAAGACAUCUUCAACGAGACAACGACUUUGACACCGAAUUGAGUGCUGAAAAUCGUUUCUAUUCUUUGGUCAAUCAAGUGAUGGCACAAAACACAACACAAGUCUUCCCCCAAACCAUUGACGCCACUCUUCCCCACAUUAAUGAGCCAUACAUUCAAACGCCAACUCUAUUGCCAUUCACUGAUAAU